AUGACAUGCGUGAAGAGUAUGGGAUGCUGUGAGGUUUCAUGGAGGCGCCUGAGAGGCUCCGGCUGGCUUCUGAGCUGUUUCCUGCUCGGCUUGGCGGCUUGUGGGCCGCCCUGGUGGAAGAAGGGCCGGCCGCGCAAAAUGCACCGCAGCUAUACCGAAAUCGAGCUGUUGUCCCGCCUGGCUGAGCUGCUGAUGCCUCAGACGCCCAUUAGGGAACUGUUUCGGGACUUCCCCGUGGGGCCCUCGCAAGAGCCGCGCUGGCUCAGCCCGGGCAUAGCUGCGUUUGGCGUGCUGCAGGACGAGCGUGCAGCUCUGUUCGUCGAGUACGCUGGAAGUGAUGGGCACACAGAUGCUCAGGACGGCAAGGGCGACGAGCUUAAGACGAACGCUCUGCUCCAGUAUGCACCCGAGGGCUCGCGCGUGCUGCGAGUAUGUCACACAGCACGAGACUCGAGAGAGCAGGAUAAUACAGUGGAGGCGAUCGUGAAUGUGUGGCGCGAGGGGCAUGAGCCGUCCUUGAUGAAAGCCGUGAGCCAAACUGUGUGGGUCCUGUUGAGUAGCUGUCACAUUGCGCUUCGAGAGGAUGUUCGUCGUCAUCUCGAAGCCUUCACAGUCGACGAACCGAAACCCAGGUUCAAGACGGCAUGCGCAUUUACGAGCAAGCCUGUUCUGAUCGAGGACAUCCGAUCGAAGACAUCCCAGGUGCUGGCUUUUUUGGAGGGAGAUCUGGCUUUCUCCAGCACCCAGGUCAAAGCAUUGGCGCGGAGGUUUCCGAGAAUAUGGCAUAUCAGUGUCGACGACAGGUUGAAGCCUGUUGUGGCAUGGCUUGACGACAUCGGGCUGAGUCGACAGCAGGUGGCCAAAGUCGUUGCUAAACAUCCUCACUUGUUAGGCUGUCGAAUCGAGACCAAUCUGAAGCCAGCAGUGGUCUGGCUUGAAGGCUUAGGGCUAACGCGCCAGCAGGUUGCCAAAGUCAUUUCAGCUAAGCCUCAAGUGCUUGGGUGCAGCCUCGAAAACAACUUGAAGCCCAAAGUGGCCUGGCUCCAGGAUCUUGGGCUGAGCCCGAAGCAGGUGGCCAAGGUCUUUGCUGGCUCUUCGUCCAUCCUGGGUUGCAGUGUCAAGGGCAAUCUGCAGCCAACGGUGGCCUGGCUCCACGAGGUUGGGCUGAGCCGGAGACAGGUGGCUAAAGUCAUUGCUGGCUUCCCUGCCAUCUUAGGCUACAGCAUCGAAGCGAAUUUGAAGCCCACAGCGGCAUGGCUUGAAGACAUUGGGCUGAACCGACGGCAGGUGGCCAAAGUGGUUGCUGGUUGUCCUCGCGUACUGGGAUUUAGUAUCACGGCCAAUCUGAAACCCAAAGUGGCCUGGCUUCUCGACAUUGGGCUGAGUCGGCCGCAGGUUUCAAAGGUUGUCUUUCGCUUGCCUCAAAUGUUUGGGUACACUGUUGAUGCCAAAUUGAAGCCCAAAGUGGCGUGGCUUGGGGAGGUCGGACUGACACAGCUCCAGGUGGCAGGUGUCGUUGCAGCCUUCCCUCAAUUGCUCAGCCUCAGCAUCGAAAAGAAUCUGUCUCCGAAACACCUUUUCUUGCUGGCACACUUCUCCCGUGAUGAAGUCCGAGACAUGAUCGUACGUCUUCCUGCGCUACUGGGCUUCAGUUUCUCCCGGCUGCGUCAUCGCCUACAUGUGUUGCAGAAGCACAACGCUCUGUCAAGGCUGCCUCCCGCGAUGACAUGGACGGAUGCUGACUUUGCCGAGCAAUUCAUGUGUUAA